CACGAGACGACGACGACGACGACACGAGACGGGCCGCUCGCUCCUCUCGGUCGGCUCGGUCGUAGCGGAGCGAAGCGGAAAGCGCAAAGCCCACACCACACCACACACCACCAGGCUUACUCGCACGCUCGCUCGCAAUAACUCUAAAUUCGAGGCAAGAUGGCGGCCGCGGCGGCGGAGGCCCCGUCCGCGCACCUCGCGCUCGCCACGGGCAACAAGAUCCUCGUGACCGUCGAAUCCGCGCUGCCCGACAUCCUCGUGGUAUCUUUCGUCCAUGGCGCCAAGUGCUUCCAAGGUGCGCUCCUCGACGCCGCUAAGAGGGGCCUUCCCUGCGGUGUUCAGCCGCCGGAGCCGGUGCCGGACCCCGAUGGCGACAAACUGGCGACGAUCGCGGCGCGUUUCAGCUAUUUCCAAGAGAAGAGAAACGCGUCUUCGUCAUCGGCGGCCGCCGUCGUUGCCAAGGUCGAUCUCCGCAGGAGCAUCAAUCCGCCCGCUAGAUACAAGAACGCGAGGCCUACGGUGAGACUGAGACCCCGCCAGGUGCUUUGCAGCAAGUGCCGGUCGAUCUGCAACGAGAACAGCGAGAAUGUCGACGUCAGCAGGAAGCGAAAGCACGAGGACGCGCAGCAGCAACAGCAAUCGCAGCAGCUGAUCCCAGGGUCCACGAGAAGAAGCGACCGACGUUGCGGUCAGCAACCGCAGAAGACUCAGCGAACACUGCUGUCGGAAUGCCGGGCGGAAAGCACGGUCUCCAAUCAAGCGACGACGAAGACAAGUUCGAGUACCGACUCAUCGAAGCUGGGAGCGUCGCUGAUCCCAAAACUGUCGAGAUUGCAGCCCAACGAGAUCAGCAACGCGACCCAGGGGUCCGGUCAAUUAUCUGACAAAGUAAAGGUCGCAGCAAGCGCACAAUCUUCACAUUGGCCUGUUAGAAGCGAAGAGGAGGCGUCGUCCUUGAACAUGCUGGCGUCGUCGCAGGAACGGGUGGAGUCCACCGCCGACUGUGACAAUAAUCCAUCGAUGGCUUAUUGUGCCACGCCAAGAAGACUCAGCAGUUCGUCGGUGGAGAGCGCGAAGGUUCCCGAAGAGGAGGACAAGAAGACCUUCGCGGCCGCGGAUUCGACGAUGAGACUGAGAACCGGCAGAGUGCCGAGAAAGAAGCGCUCGGUGGGCUCGAUGGAGGAUCUCUGGGACGAAUCGGUGUUCGAAGAUCCUACGAGAACUGCCAGAACCACGCCGGUGAUUAAGAUCUCGUUUGGUGCGCAGGGCGAAGGGACUGUUCUCAAGAUACCCGCGAAACCUCAGGAUCCUGACGCGUACGAGCAAGAGACGGAUGACGCCGAUGACGCUCAGCAAGAGAGAGAUCCUCUGGAGCUGCCCAGAUCCUUCGGCGACAAUUACGAGGGCGAGGAGGACGGGCAGGAACAGGUAGAUCCUCAGAAGCAGGGCGGCGUGGUGAAAGACGCCAGUGCAAAGGCGGCAAAACGGGCUCUAAAAAAGGCCAAGAAAGAGGCUAGGAGAAAGAUGCUGGGCGGAGUAUCACCAGCGAGAUCUCCUUGCAACGGAUCGCCGAGAUACAACCCCACGUAUGAUCCACUCUCAUAUCACCGCCGGAAACACAAGGUAAAGCAUAAAAAGAAGCACAAGGAGGGCAGGAAGCACAAGAAUCAGCAACAGCAGCAACAACCGGAUCAGCCACAGUCUGAACAAUCCUGUUUGGAUUCCACGGGACAACCGCAGCAGCAGCAACAGCAGCAGGAACAACAGCAGCAGGAGGAGGAGCAGCAUCAACAGAAUUGGAAUGUCUUACCGGGCGGCGGUGAGUCCUACAGAGCUAUCAAGGAGCAGUGCCUGAAACAGAAGUUGUCGAUAUCCCUCAAGAGGUUGAACACGAAUGCGUACGCGCGUUGUGAUUAUCCUGUGAGUAACGCGUCCUCCGGUUGUAAGAGUUCGGGCGGUAGCAGCGACGAGUUGAGCGAACAUGAGCCGGAAGUAGAGACCGCGCCAGAUUUUCCACCCCAUCAGUCGCACCCACUGGUCAUGCGUCUAGCUGCCACCCCCGUGGCGCACUGUCUUACCACCAACGGUAAGCGGAUGGACGUGGGCGACGUCGUAUGGGGCAAAAUCCAUGGCUUUCCCUGGUGGCCUGGCAAGGUCUUAAGUAUCACGGUAUCUUGCAAGGAAGACGGUACCUCGUCGGGUCCUCAAGCUCACGUAGCUUGGUACGGAUCGUCAACAAGUUCACUGAUGUCCUGUGAUCAAUUAAGUCCCUUUCUGGAAACCUUUAAGACGCGAUAUAACAAGAAAAAGCGCGGCCCGUACAAGGAGGCGAUACGGCAGGCCCAAAACGAGGCUCGAAGUCAAAGUACGCCUAACUCAACUAGCAGCGUGUUGAACGUCUGCGGUUCGCCCCGCGAAGUCAACGUCCUUUCCUAAGGAAAGUUCUCCGGCAACCAUUCCUUACUAACGAGCAUCCGUCAGCGUGAUAAUUGAAGCGUUCGCGGCAAGAGAGAGAGAGAGAGAGAGAGCCGAUCGGUAAUUAAUAACACCUUCAAACUUGUUCAACAUUUCUCAUCGACUUCUCCUAAAACGUUUUCUUCACGUUUUCUACAGUCGCAACAAGUUUAAGUGGAUCUUAAAAGAUUUUGAGACCUUUUAAUUGCUUUUCUUUGGAUCUUAACUCCGCGAUCGUUUCAAACUUGAAGUAGAUUUCGUAUCUUUGGAUUUUCCAGUACUGAUUUCGUACGCUUCUUUAUCAUGAUAAUUAUUGCUGCUAAUCCCGCUAAUGACUGAAGGCCGAAGAUAACUCUUACGUCAUGUGAGCAUGUUAACACUGACUUUUUGCGAGCGCUUGGAUUAACGACGGAUCGGAAUUAUGUAAUAUGUGAAAUUUUGUACAUACUCAUUAGCGCUAAUGAAAUAGUUACUGAUCGAUGUUUUGUCAGCCAUCUGUCUCGCUAUCAAUCGCUUAGAGCCAGUCGCGCCGGCAUAAAUUAACUAACCGACAUCUGUACACUGAUAUUUUUUCUACAGUUCUAAAAUUGCUAAAAAAAAUUACAACUUGUACCAAUGCUAAAAUAAUUUUUUUUUUAAUUUUUUAUUGAUAUAUACAAUUAGUAGUUGAAUUUUGAGAUAUAUAUUAUCUCCGAAGCUCUAAGAUUGAAAAACUGAUAAAAAAUUGAUAGGAUUGAAACAUCCUCGCAUUUUAAUGAUGUAACGGUGCUUGAAUUAUAGUGUUAUAAGAUCCUAGGUGAAUUAUAUAAUGCGUUGUUCAGUCAUGAAACAUUUCAACUUUGCAAAAUCGUGUUUGUAAAGUGUAAAUUUUCGUUUUUCUUUGACAAAAGCAGUCAAUAUCUGCGGGGACUGACUUCCGAUGAAAAUUGAAUCGCGAACGUUUACUGCUAUCGUUACUGGCUUUUCUGUCCUCGGCUUACCAAGCGGACAGUUGCGCGCAAAAAUCUUAGUCUAGGUUUUUUUAUCACAAGUACUCACUGUGAGAGUUCAGUCUUUCAUUGAUUAAUCUCUCAAACAUUCGGGCGGCGUGACUCGCAAUUGCCCAAAAUUAAUAAUUUAUAUAUAUCGCGUAACUAUCUCAGACUGCACAUUACCGUUUAUUAUGUGUACAUAAUGACAUACGUUUAUCAUAUGCGGUAUAUUUUUCAGAUUUGAUAUGUACAUAAAAAUCAAGAAUAUGUAUUUAUAUAAUACAUAUAUAUACAUAUAUCUUCUAAUAUCUAUAGCGUGUUUUAGUUUUUUUUCUGAGACAGGGAAAGCAGCGAUUCGUAUUUGAGGGAUUAAGUGUAUGAAAAUUAUUGGUAAUAGAGUUAUCAAUUAUUCCGACGGCCGCCAUAGUGAUUCAAGUUGCAGAUCUAGCUAAACAAAAGCGCUUUGUUUGCGUGUGCUUAGAACUAUAUAUUUAAAUGUAAAUUUUCCUUCUCCGAUAAAGACAGCCAAUGUUUACGCUUUGUGCCAACACUGCCGUGUAAUUAAACACUCGAUUGUUUGAUGUUCGAGCAACGGUAAUUGUAAAGCGAGUACUUAAGAAAUCCUGAUUAUUGUUACAUCGAUGUUGUGCCACUGCCUCGACACGAUUUUCUUCCACGAAAAUAUUUGACUAAAUAUUACAAAUUGUAUUAAUAGAACAUUAAUAAUUUUUUAAUAAUUGAAACGUGGAAAAGGCGUUUGUUUUUACAAAACAAUUCUUGCAAAUGAGUUUUGUAAAAAUAUAAGGCAUAUAAAGAGUCCUGUAAAAUCGGCUGCGACAGCCUUCUUGUUUAAUUUUUAAUUUAAUAACUGAAAGCGGGUGAUGUUUCCCGCGAUUUGUCGUCUAUAAAUAGGUGCGAAAAAAGAAUUGUGCGUAUAUGAGAAAGAAGCGGAAUGAGAGAGAGAGAGAGAGAGAGCUUGAAAAAAGAAAAGAAUGCGAAGAUAAGGUGUUUUAAGUAACUGUGAUUUUUUUUGCAAAUGUUUUAUAUAUAUUAUAUAUAUGUAUGUUAUAUACAUAAAUAUGAAUUAAUUUCUACACAUAAUAUAAACGAUGUUUCGAUGUCGCUGUGUUUAUACGGACUAGGCUAACAUAUCGUUAACGAAAAUAUGAUGACGAUUAUGAUUAUUAUUAUUAUUAUGGGCGAUUAUUAUUAUGAUUAUUAUUCCUUAUUAUUGUUAUGGAGCUCGAGUGUUGCUGAUUGCUUGCUGUAAGUAUACGAGGAUGGACCGUAUCGUCUAUUGGCGCAUUUUUACCGGUUUUUUAAACAAAUAGAAACGGAAAUGUUAGUUCGUUGCGAAGAAGAAAUUUUGUGCAUUUCUUAUUUUCUUACGGAAAGAAAUAUUUUCUUCGUUUAUAGUAAGCUUUUGUUAUUCGUACUUAUGAGGCGCCGUGUCACUUAGCUUCGGCCGUUUUUGUUAUUUAAUUUUUCUUUCUCUUUUUCUUUCGUAACGUUUUGUGUUAAAUAAAUAUUUAUGCGCGGCAGAAGAGGCACUCGUACGCCAUUGCUUCGCCAUAAAUCGCAUUUUCUCCAGAUAUAUAUGGACUAAUGAAAAAUAUAGUUUAUUGUGUAUUAUUAGGAAACACAUAUGAUAUAUUCGCGAUAAUGUAUAGUAAUAAAAAAAAAUUUAUUUAGAUCUUUUAUAUUUCAAAUGUAACAAACGAAUAUUUUAUAGCUAAACUUUCUCGAGAAACUUAUUUAUUACUUAGUGAGGGAUACUUGAGAGAGCCUCAACGACGGAGAAAUCUGGAGAAGUAAUACUUACGGCGAAUUAAUUCCGCUGUACGAAUGCUAUUUUUACGCAAUUUACGCAUAAACGUGCGCUGAUUUAGGAAUCACAAUUAAACAUUAAUUUACGAGAUAUUAAUGUUGCAAUUUGGCGAAAUUUUCAGGUAGGCAAAUGAUUUUAAUAAAUCGGCAUAUCUACCUCAA